GCGGCAAAUCGAGUCGGAGCGGAGCGGAACGAGACGGAGCCGACUGAUGAGGGGCGUGCGGAGGGACCGUGGGCCUCCGGCCCCCAGGUGUUAUUCGCCGCUCGCCGCUCGCGCUGAAGCAGUGCACCGCCGGACGCAGUCGAAACGGUCGUUCCGUUGCCGUCGCGCUUCCCCGCGCGAAUCCCCGAUCGGGACCCCCGUCGAGCGUUUCCCGGAGUUUCGCGAGCAAUGCUGUCCGACUAGCCGAAUAUUCGCGGGGCAGAGAACGACGCGCGCGAAAUGUCGUCCGAGCGAUUUCAUAAGGCCGCGCAAGAAGGCAUAUUGGACGUUCUGAAGGAAGCAACGAGAAAGGACUGUAACGCGCGAGAUGAAGGAGGAAUGACCCCGACAUUAUGGGCAGCCUUCGAAGGCCACGUAGACGCUCUGAGACUGCUGGUCGCCAGGGGAGGCGAUCCGGACAAGACCGAUUAUUUCGGAAAUACAUGCUUGCACCUGGCGGCGGCGAGGGGCCACGAGUUCUGCGUGAAAUUCUUGGUGAAAUUCGGCUGCAAUAUCUGGUCGCUGGACAUCGACCGACACUCCGCCCGUGAACUCGCGGCGAUAAACGGCUGCGAGAAGAUCCUGCAGUUCCUAGACGUUGCUCAGGCCGAUCAGGAAUUGAAUAAUCGCAAGAAAAGCCGGUUGCUCCGGGAAAAGGCGGAGAGAGAUGCGGAGAAGAGACUGAAGGAGUACAUGAAAAAGCAAAAAAUGGCCGAAAUUCGGGCGGAAAAGGAGCAGAAGAAACUCAUAAAGGAUCGUGCUAAAUCAGACUUUGACGCAAUGAAUGAGUUGAACUCUCAACGGCCCGGGGUACUGACCUUUAGAGGCCGAAUGAAACCUUCGCCAACAUUCAGCGACAUCGUCGGUACGACUACAAAGAGACACGGUAGCACAGUUUGUCGGAAAGCUUUAGCAAAAAAAGCCGUCAACGAUUUUAAAGUCGUGGAGGUCGAAGUGAAUGGAAAGAAGUCUGUUCGAAGUCUCACUGGCGUGCGACGGGAUUCUGAAGUUAUGUACGUAGGCACAUACGACACUCAGCCUCAGCACAUAGGCAUCAGAAGAGGAAGGAUCUCUGACGUAUGGGGCACUCUUAGUAAAUCGCAGAGCACGCCCGAUCUCUUAGGUGAAAGGAUAUACGAUGAGGAGGAGGAGGACAGGGAGGUAGAGAACUUGAGUGUUACGAAGGACACCGCUUUUCUUCAGGAACCAGCCAGCAUCUUUAACCGACCCGGUUUCGGUUCGGUGGCUUUCAGAAGGGCGAUAACAUCUACACUGGACAAUCUGCCGGUUACUCAGACGGAUAUACAACUGCAAAACAAUAAUUUCUCAGUAAAUGGUUCUACAAAUGGAUCCAUGAACAGUAACAAGUUUAGCCCGAACGGACAUAACGAGGAGAUCAGUAUAGGAAGUGCCGGCAGUUUGGCACGCCGGCAAAGCUUGUGGGAUGAGGAUCUUCUUUCGGAAGGUGAGGAAACGGAUGAGGAAUGGACACCUUUGCAGAGAUUUUUGGUUGCUAAUAAUCUCACGUCCAUACAUCCAAUCUUGGAAUCGGAGCAAAUCGAUCUGGAAGCUCUGAUGCUGCUCACUGAAACCGACAUAGCGGCUCUCAAACUACCGCUCGGUCCCAGACGGAAGCUGACUAAUGCAAUCGCAAACCGGAAAAAAGCGCUGAGCACGCCGGAGAGUGUGAUUAAGGACAGUAGAUUGUGAAAAUAGUAUAUUACAUUAGCCAUAGAGAAUGUAUUGCUAUUAACGAAAUUAUCCGUCCAUUCGCAAAUACGGUUAAGUAGUUAUUAAUGGUUUGUGUGCAAGAGAUAGAAAUAGGGAAUAGUUGUCCUAACGUAAAACAUAAAAAUUAGGUUUUUCGGGAAAAUCGUGCAAAUUAAUUAGAUAAUAUAAAAAGUUAUGAAAAUUCUUAAAUCAUUCAAUAUCAAAAGAUUCUUAAUAUCAAACGUCUUUGUGCCUUGUAAUUUUAUAGUCUAUCUAUUAUCAACAAUUAUUUUCCUAUUAUUUUACGACUAUAAAAUACAUACAUUAUAAUUUUAAUUGAUCUCACUGGCUAAAUUGUACGUAAUCAUAUAAAUAAUCAUCAGAAAAGUUUACAUCAAAAGUCAGAAAAGAUAAGGAAGAAGAAGAGAAUUGAGUACCGACGUCACUAAAUAAUAGAUAAGAUAGAACAAACAGUUCAUGCCAUAAUUAAAGAAACAACAAUUCAGUACACUAUAAUACACUGCCAUAAAAUGUAUUAUCGAUAUUAUUUUACUCAACAUCAGCAUGACCUAUUACUCUAAUUAGGUGUAUAUAUCUCAUAUUGUACUAUACAUAAAAUCUCAAAUUUUCAGAUAUGUAAUAAAACGAUACAUUUUUACCAUAA